CCGGCUCGCUGAUCACGCCUCUGGCUAACUUUCCGCAGUAAACAAGCUCAUAGGAGCCCAUCAUGCUGCAGUGGCGCGUAAUGUCCAUGUUUUGCGCAAUUUAAAAAUAAAGCCUACAAGUCACUGGCGUUUUACUUGUCGCGAAAGAACAAAACGGGCAAAUAAUCGCCUCAGAUAGAGGCGUUGCUCCGUUUUUUUUUGCCCGCUAGCGUGCUAACAUUAGCAAAAGAAAUAGUCCGACUGGCCUCUAACAAACCUGGAUACGGUAAGUAGCCGCCCUGCCCUUUCUUCUCAGAUAAAACGUACAUUUGCUAGGCCUUUGCAUCUGAAUAGCUUUUUAAAAAAAUAAAGUUGUUGUAUAUUAUCACCAGAUGUGUCUUCGGUAAGUGGUUUCUUCACGAUGCACGCUGUAGAAUGCAACUUAACCGGAUGUGGAAGUAGUUUUUUUCUGCUCCGUGUGUAAAAUAGGAAAUUUCUAUGUGACUUCCCCCGGAAAACCAACAACUUAAUAUCAAACGGUUUCCUGUCUGUGCUACUGUUAAUGUCGGGGUGGCAGACGUGGAUGGAUUCACUCGAUGUCACUCGUGGAUCUGGGGAAGAGGCUGCUGGAGGCGGCGCGAAAAGGUCAGGAUGACGAGGUCCGAAACCUGAUGGCCAACGGGGCGCCGUUCACCACAGACUGGUUGGGCACGUCGCCCCUCCAUCUGGCAGCUCAGCAUGGCCACUAUUCCACCGCAGACGUCCUGCUCAGAGCCGGCGUCAGCAGGGACGCCCGCACUAAAGUUGACAGGACCCCGCUGCACAUGGCGGCUGCCGAGGGACACACAGUCAUUGUGGAGCUGCUGGUCAGGAACGGAGCCGACAUCAACGCCAAAGACAUGCUGAAGAUGACCGCUCUGCACUGGGCCGCACAGCACGGACAUCACGGCGUGGUGGAGACCCUCGUCAAACACGGGGCCGACGUGCACGCCCUCAGCAAGUUCGACAAGACGGCGUUUGACAUCGCGGCCGACAUCCAGAACACGGAGCUGAUGCUGCUGCUGCAGGAGAGCAUGCAGAACCAGGUGAACAUAAACCAAGUAAACAUGAACCAGGUCAGUAUGAACGUAGAGACGAGCAGCACCAACAACCAGCCGCAAUUCAUCAUCCAGGGGAUACCGGCCAUCCAAGGGGGCGUGGUCAACCUGGCCGAGCUCCUCAACAAAGCCAAUGCAGGAGAUUCAGAAGAGGCAAUGGCGGCCAGCGCGUUGGACUCCAACAUCCAGCACACCACCAUGGUCAACGAGAGCGGCCAGAGGGUCAUCACCAUAGUAACCGACCAGCACGGGAACCUGCAGACCACCGGAGGGAUGUCGCAGCCGUUUUUUGUGACGAUGCAGCACGGACAGCAGAUGCUGGCAGUGCCCGCCAACACGGUGACGGAGGAGGUGAUGACCGAGGAGCCGCAGCCUCCACCCUCUAGGAAGAGGAAGCUGGAAGUGACCAACAACCACAGUGAUGCUGGGGAGACGGAGUUGUUGCAGAGGCAGCUGCAAGAAGCCAACCGGAAGGCCCAGGAGUACCGACAGCAGCUCCUGCGGAAGGAGCAGGAAGCCGAGGAGUACCGGAUCAAGCUGGAGGCCAUGUCUCAGAGUCAGGCCAACAGCACCAACGCCAGCUCGGGCGCCGGAGCCAACGCAGCCAGCCCGGAGGAGGUGGUCGGAGGGGAGGACGAGGAGGAGGGAGCCGCCGGCGUGGUGGAGGAAGAGGGGGAGAUGGUGGUGCUGCAGGAGGGAGGCAUCAUCAUGGAGGGGGAGGAGGGUCAGGUGACUCUGGUGCAGACGGGGGGAGAGGCGACGCAGGUCAGCUCCUAACAGGAGGAGCGGAGGGAAGACGCAGGGCGAGGGGGGGUGGGGACGCACACCGACAAAACGAUGCAUCUUAACAAGAGGAGAACCGGACUGGUGGCGAAUCGGGAGGGGGGCGUUCUGAGUCCCUUUACAGAUCUGACUUGUGGGAGAAGGACAGGAUGCAGCGGCUCCCUGACGGGAACAUUCAGAAGGAGGUAGAAGACCCAGAAUAGAUAGAUGAGAAGAUCUACAUGCACCCUCUGGUUGGAGAUCCCGCGUGUUUGAUUCUGGCCUCCUCCCCGCCGGCGGCAGAAGGGAUCUGCUCUGAAACGAGGAAGCGGCGCACUCAGGAAGAGACCUUCAAAAGUCCCAGGUUUGCUUUGGCAGCCGACUCCAAAUGAAACGGCGGCGUUUUCAGCGUUGACGUGGGCAGCUGUGCUGCAUGCGGGCAGCCAUCUUUGUUGUUGCUGAAAAGAUGUUUUUUCACGCUCUGCUGAUGGAACGAGAACGAAGACAUUCUGGUGGUUUGUGUGGAGUUGAGGACUAACAGUAAUUAGGAAUUUAGAGUUUUAGUUUGUCCUCGUUUUUUAACACCGUUUUUGUAUUCCCGUCCUUUUUCAUUUACGCUUUUUUUUGUGUGUUUACAUCCUAUUUAGAUUUGCUUUUUCUGAAAUUGUUACGUCUGAAAUAAUUGCUUCCUAUUUGUGGACAGAUUUUUGGACCAUGUUUGCACCCUUUUGCAUCCUUGCGUCAGGACAAAAACACGUCGACCACCAAAAGAAACUCUAAAAAAAAAAAGUUCAUUUUUCGUUUUCUUUUUUAACACUAUAGUUAUUUGGCCCCUUUUUCCACACCUUAGUCUUAUGUUUUCUUCUUUUUUGAUGCUGUGAUCCCUGCAUUUAUACAGCAGAGAAAGAAAAACGCAUCAGGAGAAAAAGAAAUGCGCCUUUUGAGACGUGAAUGAGACAAAACGCAUUAUUUGUUGUUUUACCUCAUGAACAAAUGGCAGUCUUGAGCUUUAUUGUCUCCAAAAACAUGACCUUUUUAGUCAAAUUCAUUAAAAAAACAACUCUAAUAAUAAUUUGCAAUUACCUUUAAUCUUAUUUCUACUCAUUUACUACCAGCAGUAUUAGCAGCAUCCUAAUAUCUUUAGUUUUUUUACACCUAAAACUAAACGUUUUUUGCAGCCCAAUUUCAGAAAACAUGAAAAACUGCCUUAACUCUUAAAAUAUCUAUUUUUUUUAUUGUUAGCAUCAAAACUAUGGUCUGUGUUACACGUUUGAACCCCAUCCAUUCUGCUGGGAGGUAAUUCAUCUGAAAUAUAAAAAAACUAUUUUUAAACAUGAAAAUGCAAACUAGUCCAUUAUCAUGAUGGUUUAAAAAAAAAGAUUAUUUUUUGUAUUUUUAUAUUUUCAACAUCUUUUAAUUUGCUUAGUUAAAUACUCCUAAUUAGCGAUUCACAACCAGUUUUGAGUGAAAGUAAUGAAUCAUUUCUGAGUAAAGACUCCAAAAAUAAGUGUCUUUUAGGGAAAAAUAGGUAUUUUUCAGGAUGUAAUUGGAUGGGAAAUAUUUUUAAAAGACAUUUUCUUUCUUUGCGUUUGAAAGCAACAGUUGGAAUGUGAUUUUGCAAUGUGAGUUAUCUCACGUUCCAUAGUGGUUUGUUUAAUGUGUUGUUGAUCAGUUUGAUUCGCCCGUGAGUUGAGCUUUAUUACUGUCCCUGAAUUUAUCUUUCACACAUCAAAAACCAUCCGAAUGCCAAAUUAUCUGGGAUUCAUCACCUGCUGUUCGCUACAUAUUUGCGUUUCAAAGAGCCGCACAACGGAACCUGUUGAAAAAAAGACAUUUGAGUGGGUUUUUAAAAACCAACUGAUGCUUUGAUGAUGUAGGAUCCAGUAGUUUUCUGAAGCCAAAUCACUGAAUUUUCCAGAAAGAAAGCUCUGUUCUUCCAGUUUAGCCUUUUUUGUUGUUGUCAUUUAUGGUCUGGAGCAUGUAACCCAUAACAAUCACUGUUGUUGUUUUCACCUCCCUCUUUGGCUGCCUGCCUUACCCUCCUCUUCUUUGUUUAGCAAGAAUGUUUUUUAUAAACUUAGCAAGGCCAACCCUUUUGUAUGUACAUAUAAAGUUGUAUUUUUUUAACUGUAUCUUAAUUGCUUCUUUAGGAUGCAUCGGUUAUCUGAAAUAUAAACUUGUUCUUUGGCUAAGAA